GGCGUUGGUGGAGGGAACGAACAAACAACGAACGAACCCGAUUCUCCGUCCUCCUCCAUCGCCAUCGCCAUCGCCGACGGCAUCUGGUUUUCGCUCGAUCGAUCGACCGAUUUCGGAGGAGCGGAUCUAGCCGGCGAGAUGAAGAUCACGGCCCUGCUGGUCCUCAAGUGCGACCCCGGCGGCGGCGGCGAUCCGGUGAUCCUCGCCAACGCCACCGACGUCAGCCGCUUCGGCUACUUCCAGCGCUCCAGCGUCAAGGAGUUCAUCGUCUUCGUCGGCCGCACCGUCGCCCGCCGCACGCCCCCGGGCCAGCGCCAGUCCGUGCAGCACGAAGAGUACAAGGUGCACGCUUACAAUAGAAAUGGCCUUUGUGCGUUGGGAUUCAUGGACGAUCAUUAUCCAGUUCGAAGUGCAUUUUCUCUGUUGAAUCAGGUGCUGGAUGAGUAUCAGAAGAAUUUUGGUGAUUCUUGGAGGAGUACAAACUCGGAUAGCACUGAAUCAUGGCCAUAUUUGAAUGAAGCACUGACUAAAUUUCAGGAUCCAGCCGAGGCUGAUAAAUUGUUGAAAAUUCAGAGGGAGUUGGACGAAACAAAAAUUAUUCUGCACAAAACUAUUGAUAGUGUGCUUGAACGAGGCGAGAAGUUGGACAGUUUGGUUGAGAAGAGUUCAGAUCUCAGCGCAUCAUCACAGUUGUUUUACAAACAAGCCAAGAAAACCAACCAGUGCUGCACCAUACUGUAGCGUUCUGAGGAUAAACACCUAAUUUGGUUCCAAUAGGGGUCAAUGCAUGUCCGUUUGAGGAAUGUAGAGCAAAUGGCAUAGUAUGUGCCAUCAUGGUGAUAUACCUUCUUCCUGCUGCCUUGAUAAGUGCAAACUUGCGGUUCGUGGUUUUUGGUUUGCGAAAUUUGUCUUAGAUAUGUAUAAAAGCUUUUUAGCAUCCAUAGUUGAUUGUCCACUGUGCUUUGAUUUACCUCCUUAUGUAUAAACUUUGCACCUUCGGUAUUCAUAUCUCUACCUCGUCCGAAAUCAAUCUCAGAGAGGAGCAUCAUCUUGAAGUCCUAACUUCACAAUCCACGAAAAUUAGUAGUUCAUGCUAGUGAACAGAAGAGAGAAGACUGCGAUGGCUUUGCAAGCCAAGACUUCCUGUCUGAUUCUUCACUCUCCGAAUUCCCACGUUGGAAUUGUCUUUGGACUUGUGAACUCUUCUUUUGCAUAAUAUAUGUUGGUCAUCAAAUC